GCCAGUUGACAGAAGCAUGCCGUGAAAAGCCGGGAAAAUAUUGUUUUGAUUGCAAAAACUCCACGAGGCUCUCUCUUUUUCCUCUGCGUUUUGCAAGUAAACACACGCUUGUACACCGGUGCCGUGCCUCCCCCAGAAAACAAUGGCCCAAAACUCGGACGCCGUCAAGCAGGCGAUGUUUGAGGAGCUGCAGAAGAUACUGCAUCCCGACUCGGACCAGCGGAAGUCGGCCGAGGCCCGGUUGGCGCAGCUCAAAUUCACCGAAUGGUAUGGCGUCCUGUUGGCCGAGUUUACGAUCGAUCAACAGCUGCACAUCGGCUUACGGCAGCUUGCCUCAGUGAUGCUGAAACAGUACGUGAACGAUUGCUGGGCGGAUGGAGGUGAUGUGGUGGAGGAUGGUGGUGCCGGUGACCUGCCGGCAAUUGAUGCCGGGGCCACCCCUGCCCUGCUGGUGAACGAUGAGGCGAAGCGCCGGAUCAAACAAAUCCUGCCGGAAGGACUGUACGAUCAAAACAGCAAGAUUCGAUCCGUCGUCGCCUACUGCAUAGCAAACAUUGCGCUGUACGAUUGGCCGGGCGAUUGGCAGGAACUGUUCGACGUGAUCGUCAAGUGUCUCAGCGGCACGGAAAACUCGGUCGACGGCGCGAUGAAGGUGCUGGUCGAGUUUACGCUCGAGCUGGACCGGCAGGUGGGCGAGGUGGCGCCGCUAAUCCUUUCCGAGGUGUACCGGAUCUUCACCGCCGCCAACCAGUACAGCGUGACAGCGCGCAAGUACGCGGUGGAGAUACUGUACUCGCUGCUGCGUAGCAUCAACACGAACAUUGAGACGCGCCAGGAAAAGUCGGCCAUCCUCAAUCCGGUGCUGCCGAACUUUAUGCAACGGCUGAUCGAGGGCCUAACCGCACCGAACGGUCCGCACAGUAGCUUUCAGCUGAAAACGCAAAUCAUUAAAAUCCUCAAGUACAUGAUAUCGGACAUGUCAAAGUUCGUGCAACCGUACGUCGGAACGAUCCUGCCCACGAUCUGGCAGCUGCUGACGCAGCUGGCCGACUUUUACGUGAAAGUCGUGGUGAACGAAAGCGAAGCCGCCCCGUUUAACGGCACCGACCAGGACGGCGAUGACGAUGGGGUGGAAGAUUUCACGCAGAUGAUAUUGCAAAUAUUCGAGUUUGUGCACACGAUCAUCGAGAUGAAGAAGUACAAGGCGGCGAUCGUGAACGUGCUGACCGAUCUCGUCUACAUUACCGUGCUGUACAUGCAAAUUACGGAGGAGCAGGCCCAACAGUGGCUGGAAGAUCCGGAAAAGUUUGUCGACGAUGAGGACGAGCAGGGCGUGGAGUUUACGAUACGGGUGACGGCGCACGAUGUGCUGCUGAUUGUGGGGCGCGAGUAUGAGCAGCAGCUGCUGCCCUGCUUUACGGAGGCGCUCGGCAAGCACAGUGCCGUGGCGGAGGUGGACCGAAACGCGGGCAAUCCGCACUGGUGGAAGAUCCACGAAUCGUCGAUGCUGGCGGUCGGCUCGUUUAAGGAUAUGAUCGUGGAAAGUCCAGCCAGCUUUGAUAUGGGACAGUAUUUGGCGCUGAUCAAGAUGCUGAUGGAGAGCCAGGCGUCGCCGUACCUGCUCGGCCGCUGCCUGUGGCUGCUGAGCCGGUUCUGCGAGUGUGACAUCCUGCGCCAGCCGUUCAUGGAGCAAAUCGUGAACGUUACGGUGGACAGCCUGUCGAUGGAUAAGCCGAUCGUGCUGAGAAUUAUGGCCGCACGGGCAAUUUAUGGCUUUUGUAGCAACCUGAAGGACAACAAGGACGAACGCCACGUCCUGAUAAUGUCCAAGCUGGAAAACUUUUUCGACGGGCUGGUAGGACUGUUCGAGCAGUCACAAAACACCGUGCUCGGUCUGUUUCUGGAAGCUCUUAGUGCAAUAAUUUCGUUCGAUGUGAACGUAACGGCCACGCUGUGCCCGAAGGUAAUCACCGUUACGAUGACCGUCUUCCAGAAGUUCCACGACGACCGGUUUCUGGUCGAGAUGGUGCAGGAUGUGCUGAAGAUACUGUCGCAAAACCCGUUCUGCCUGCUGCCGCUGCAGGAUCGCAUCAUCCCGACGCUCGUGAGCAUCCUGAACCACGAUCAGGGUGGCGAUCAGCAGACGCUCGCGCCCGACAUUGCGCUGGACGUGCUGCAGACGCUCGUCAAGUACUCACAGGCGCCGUUGAGCGAUGCAAUGAUCGAGAGCGCCUUUCCAUCGGCCGUCCACUGCAUCCUGCGCACCGAGGACCAUUCGGUGAUGCAGGCGGGCGGUGAGUGUUUACGUUCGUUUUUGGCCAUCGCGCCCGAACAAAUCUGUCGCUACAAAAAUGGGGAAGGGCUGAACUAUGUGCUGCAGGUCACGACGAUGCUGCUGAACCCGAUGAACACGGAAUCUACCGCCUCGUUCAUUGGCCGGCUGGUCAUUACGAUCAUUACGAAGGUGGGCAACUUGCUGGGCGAUUCGGUCGAUCUGCUGCUCAAAGCGGUGCUCAGCAAGAUGCAGCUGGUGAAGAGCCUGAACGUGAUCAUGAGCUUGGUCACCAUCUUUGCCCACCUGAUACUGUUGCAGCUCGAUGCGGUCAUGAACUUCCUGAGCACCGUCCCAGGGCCGACCGGUGAAACGGCCAUGAGCUUCGUGCUGGCGAACUGGCUCAGCCGGCAGCAUCUGUUCUACGGGCAGUACGAGCGUAAGGUGACGACGCUGGCCCUGUGCAAGCUGUUCGAGCACGGUGUCACCACCAAAGACGAUCGGUUGAACACGGUCAUGAUAAAGGAGCAGGUGCCGGCCACAACACCGUCCGGCGCUGCGGGCAACACCGGACGGCGCACACGGUCGGCCAGUGCCAAAACACCGAUGGUGUGGGUCGAUACGCCGGUGCUGGUGAAGAUUUUCAAGCUGCUGCUGCACGAGCUGGCCAGCCUGCGGGAGGCAAAGGAUGCGCUCAACAAAAACACCGACAGCGGGGACGAAGCGAACAGCUCGAGCGACGAGGAAGCGGCGGACGAGGUCAGUGGCGACGGUGGCAAGAUGUCGUUCCUGACGCUGCUGACCCACAUGGAUGACGGCGACGAGGACGAGGAAGAGGACGAAGACGACCGGCAGCUGAUGGCGGAGCUGAUGAACGACCCCAUCUUCCAGUGCGACACGAUGGAGUAUCUGACCAAGUUCAUCGAGAGCUUCAGCCAGCACGAGAACUUCCGCGCCUUCCUGGAGAAGAUCGACGAGACGGAGAAGAACAUCCUGCAAACGUUCAACAUCCCUUCGAUGUAACGAUGGUACCGGUGUGUGGCGCCAAACGCCUCCUCUUCCUCCAGUUACAUCCAAAUCUACACAACACACACGUACAUCAUUCAUUUCAUUACUAUCUAAUAAGGCGCUUUUGUUUUGAACUCUAGAAGCAACUCUCACCACGGCAGAUAUAUUAUAAACGCAGAAACGCAGUUUUUGAAUUCUAUGUUGUGAUUCUAUUUUCGAAAAUAUACAAUACAUAUGCGCGUAGCAAUCACA